AUGUGGGUCAAUAUUAAAAAUAUAUGUUUGGAGUUAAGACAAGUUUUAAAUAUAAACAUUAUCCAUCUCGAUUUUGAGAUAGCUGCUCAUACGGCUGUGCAAAGCACAUUUUCUGGAGUAACAGUUAAAGGCUGUAGAUUCCACUUUGGUCAAGCUUUAUGGCGGAAAAUCCAAUCAAAGAAUAACCUUCGACAAUCAUAUAAUGCUAAGCAAAAUGAAACUGGUGAGUGGCUAAAAAUGUUUUUUGGAUUACCAUUUUUACCAGUACAUGAAGUCACUGAUGCAUUCGUUGAUUUAAUGUCCAUAUGUCCACAAGAUGCAUGUUCUGAAUUUGGAGACUACAUUCUUAACACCUACAUUGAAGGACAAUUCCCAAUGGAAAUUUGGACCCAUCCAAUCAAUGCAAAUAUAACUACAAGGACUACGAAUGGAGCUGAAAGAUUUCACCAAGGGUUUAAUUCUGAAUUUUAUUCUCCGAAUCCAUCUGAGUAUUUGUUUCAAUUUUGGGAAGUAUUUUUACGUGACGGAGAUCGUAUGCAGUUUUUAAAAAACGUCGGCAGUCGGUUUCAGCCUAUCAAACUUUGA